UUAUGUAACCACAGAAUUUGCUGGCAGUCAGGCCAGGAAGAGGGAGCUAAUUAUGCGAUUUUAUAAUCUUGCUACAAAGAAACUGGGACAAUCGCGCUUAAAAAUGUUAUUUAGAAGAUUCUCAUCAUCUCUGCCAAGAAAAUUUGAUCUAGACACUUCUGUUUGAGAAUAUGAAACAAAAGGAAGAAUAUGCGUGGAUUUCAAAGUACUGCAUUAAGUUGUGGUAUGAGAAGUACUGGGGAAAUAGUUUUCUCUGUUGCUCAUUGUAGAUCUAUUACAAAUUGUUUCUGAUGCAGCUGAGAAAAAUGCAGACCCUUAAAAAGGAACAUGGACCUGUUGACACAAGUAGCAAUGAUGUGGACAAAAUAAUGGUACUUAAGUCUACUUUAGCAGAAGUGUCUGAAGAAUUGUCUACAAAUGAAGAGAUACUACUCACUGAAGCAAGUAGUGGAAAAAGCAAAUCUUCAGCUUGCCGGAGAAAGCGAGAAUUCAUUCCAGAUGAAAAGAAAGAUGCUAUGUAUUGGGAGAAAAGGCGGAAAAAUAAUGAAGCUGCUAAAAGAUCUCGUGAAAAACGACGACUGAAUGACCUUGUCUUAGAGAACAAACUAAUUGCACUGGGAGAGGAGAAUGCCACUUUGAAGGCAGAGCUGCUUUCUUUGAAGCUGAAGUUUGGUUUAAUUACUUCUGCAGCCUAUGCCCAAGAGAUACAGAAACUCAGUAGCUCAACAGCUGUGUAUUUCCAAGAUUAUCAAAGUUCCAAAUCAAAUAUUAACUCAUUUGUGGAUGAACAUGAACCAUCUAUAGUUGGUAGCAGUUGUAUUUCUGUCAUUAAACAUUCUCCUCAAAGGUCUAUGUCUGAUAUGUCUGAAAUAUCAUCAGUAGAGCAUACUCAAUCAAGUUGUAUGCAAAACAACUGCAGAAGUCCUGAAAAUAAGUUCCAGAUUAUAAAACAGGAGCCCAUGGAAUUAGAGAGAGAGCCAAGAGAUGACAGAUGUUCACAGAAAGCAUCCAUAUAUCCACACUACAUGGGAACUACCUUUAACAUGUACUCACAUUCUCCUCCUCUGUUCCAAGUCAAUAGGUCCUCCAGUAAUUCCCCCAGAACUUCAGAAACUGAUGACAGUGCAGUUGGAAAGUCAUCUGAUGGAGAAGAUGAACAGCAGGUUCCUAAGGGUCCAAUCCAUUCCCCAGUUGAACAUAAAAAUAUUCAUGCAACAGUUAAAGUUCCAGAAGUGAAUUCUUCAGCUUUGCCUCACAAGCUUCGAAUUAAAGCCAAAGCCAUGCAAGUUAAAGUGGAAGCAGUAGAUAAUGACUAUGAUGCUGCACAGAAACUAUCAUCACCUAUUGAUAUGUCAUCAAAAAGACAUGUUGAGCUUGAAAAACACACUGCACAAAACUUGGUGCAUUCUUCUCACACUCCUUUCUCAGUUCAAGUGACUAAUAUCCGAGACUGGUCUCUCAAACCAGAACUCUGGCAUCAAAAGGAACUCAAUGUAAGAAUUCAGAGUGGUUGCAAAACUGAAAUUGUUGAAAUAAAAGACAGUAUCUUCAAUGUCUCUGAGUCAGAGAACCUGUAUUUGAAGCAGGGCAUAACAAACUUAUCUCCAGAGGUUGCUUCCCUUAAAAGACUUAUAACUACACAACAAAUCUCUGCAUCAGACUCUGGUUAAGUUACUACUGAAUAAAGGCUUAUUGUUGUUUUUUAAAAACAAUGUCAUUUGCAGUAGACCAAUAUGUUUUGUAUUAUGCUGACUUAUCACUGGACUUGUGAUGUCAUUUCACUGUAAUGUUCACAUAAUGUCUGGUGUCUUUUUGUGCACAAAUUAUUAUGGAGACUAGGCUGUGUUAUGAUCAUUAUGCCUUGUGUAUAGUCAAGUAGCCGGUACGAAGGCUAUAUAUAGUGAACUUUGUUUUCUUUUUCUUCUUCUAAAGCGUGCAAGUUACCAGUUACAAUAAAAUAUUGAUGACAAACACAAAACAUCUACUCCAAUUGAUUUUUAUGAACUUGUAAAUAUGUUGUUAAUUAAAAAAAAAAAGGCUUGUUUCUUACACUGUGCUCAACUUAACUUAUAUGUUUGGUUUUUACAGCCAGACUUACACAUAUUUUAAAUUGUAUUUUUUCCU